AUGAAUAUUUAUCUGCACGACUUCGAAGGACCUUUCGAUUCCUCGAACGAGCGCACAAAGGUGAGUUCGCUUAAAGAUGUCGGUGGCAAACGAUCCCUGUUCCGGAGGUACGAUACCGUCUGUCGAGCUCGGCGUGAAUCAUCCGUUCAUGGACAAAGGUGGGAUCCGUUUCCUCGCAGCCGGGGACGCCGCAUUAUGCCGCCAGUAACACGUUGCAACAUCACACUGCUUAAAGCGCUAAGCGGAGGUGACCAUACAGAUAAUCCGAUUGUGCAACAGUGCGGCAGCAAUAGCAGCGGCGGCGGUUCGACGGAGGGUGUCGUGGUGAACGUCGUCGGUGCCAGUAACGGCGUCGGCAGCGGCAGCAGCGGCGGCGGCGUCGGUGGCAUGGACUGCAUGCCCUUGCGCCCCGGUCCGUUCCACUACCUCAUCAGCGAGCAAGCCAAGUCCCUGGUGGCCCUGCAGGAACUGCAGAAUGAGGUCGGCGCCCUGCUCGAGUUCCGGGACCUCGUCAUCGAGACGUUCCCAAACCUCCGGCACAAGAUGGCCGCGACGGCGUCCGCGGGUGCGUCCGUGAUGUCGUCCACCUGUACCCAGAGCUCGCACAUCCCGCUGCCGCUGUCGAGCCCGUCCUCGCGGAGGAUCAGCGAAUGGGAGCCUGGCAAGAUAAGGCGGCGCGUGACGCGCGAAAGUAGCGGCGGCGGCGGCAGCGGUGGUAGCGGCAGCGGGGGUGGUGGUGAAUCCUCGUCCUCGUCGCUGCCUAGAAGCCGCAGCAACUCCCACAGCGGCGGCACCAAGAACAACUGCAGCGCGACGGUCCAGGACUCCGGUUUCAGCACGGAGACCUCGUCGAAGGACAGCGCCUCGACGGCGAUCGCGCCGCGAGCGAGCAGUCCCCGGCCGAACGCGUUGGACGAAGCGGAGGACGAGCUCUGGAACCUGCUGGACGUGAUCCACCGCAAGGGGAUCCGGCUGCGGGAGGAGGUCGAGUGCCUUCAGGGUCGUCUAGAAAGCGUGGCGACGGACGAGCUGGUGUCGACGGAUGUGCUCGAGGCUGUGAGGAAUAUCACCGGUCUCGGCGAUGCCGACCGGACGAUCGGCUGCAACGUCAUUGACGACGGGAGUGUCGAUCGACAGCAGCAGGACAGCAGGGACCCGCAAGUGAUAGCUCUUAGGCGGGAGAAGGAACAGCUGUUAGACAAAGUGGCUGAGCUCGAGGCGGAGACGAUAUCGAGUCGUGUCCGGGCUCAAGAACUGCAGACGGAAUUGGCCGCCCUGUCGGCGCUAAAGACUGGUCUGGAGGAUCGGUUGCGGGCUGGACUGACCGAGAACGCCGCGGACAUUUUGGCACCGGGUGUUCAAAGACUGCAACCUAUCGCACCAGUGAUUUCCUCGCCGAAGAACGCCAAUGUUACUAGUAUCAAGAGCAAGAGUUCGGCGUUUGCGACGGUCGCCGGUAGUCCCGGAAGCAAGGCUCACAAGAGCCGCUUUCGCACGAGGACCAUCGACAAGAAUGUAUUGCUGGACGUCGUCGGGCGCAAUGACGAGAUGCGCAAUGUCGACAUCGACGUUGAGGCGAACGUGAAUGAAAGGCGAGCCAGGUUGGGUGCGCUCGAUUCCAUCCUGGUCUCGCCCACCAGGGUGACUCACGUGAAAGACGUAGACUCAAGAAAGAUUGCGGCCAUUCUUCGCGAGCACUCGCCCCUUGAGCUUCAGCGGCACCUAAUUACCACUACCGUCCAUAAUCAGGUCCUACAAAAAAGGCUAGAUGAAGUGAAAAAGAGCACAGAAACUCUCUCGGAGCGACUGGAUAAAGCGCGCGAGGAGAAUGACGAUUUGCGUUUCCAGUUGGAGGAACGAAAUAUCGAACUGGAAGGCACGCGGGCACGAGUGCGCGUGUUGGAGCGUCUUCAACAACGACCGCCAACGGAAACCGAGCCCGAGGCGGAUCUGGAGCAGCCCAGAUGCGAGCAAAGCGGCCUCGAGCCUGGCAGCAGCACGGAGUCCGCGCGGGACCAUCAUCAGCCGGUAGAGAUCAAACCGUCGCCACGGCGGCGUCCUAGUCGUAUACCUUUACCCGGCAACGCAAGCGGCAAGGCGACAUCGACGACGCCUACAACGAGCGUGACUGCUGCAACGACGCCUGCGCGACCGUCCAGUCACGGCAGGAACGACAGCAGGGAAUCGCUCAAGUCGCUAACAAGACCGCCGCGUGAUUCUAGUCGCGACAGCCAUGGCGGCGGCAAGUCGUUGUCGAAACCGCGCGACUCCAGCCGAGAUUCGCUAGGCAAUAGGAGUCUGUCCAGGGGCGGCGGUAACGGAAGCAGCAACAGUAGCGCCGGCGGCGGCGGCGGCGGCGGCAAGGAAACAAAUCGGGAGUCGUCCUUGAACAACCGCUCCCUGCCGCGUAACAAUUCCAGCCGAGACUCCUUAAAUAAAUCCUCCUCGCUGUCCCGCGCCCGUGACUCGUUGGAGUCUAACAACAAUGUCGGCACGUCCUCGCCCAACACGGGAACGAUUAACGCUCCCCCUCGAAGACCGCCCGCUCCCGCACGCCGUUCCCACAGCCUGGCGCGCGCAGCGACGUCCGUCGAUGCGUCCGAGAACGGCAAGAGCUGCACCGAACCACCGAGUUCCUGGUGCUCGACCAACAGCAGUUUCCGGCACAGCGACUCGUCCCUCUACCCGGACUCCCUGAAUCAAGAGACGUCGUCCGUCACCGGCUCCACGCGGGUAGAAUUCAUAAUCGGCUCGCCCACCAGGCGCUUCCGCACGGGCUCGGCGGCGUGGCCUCACCGCUAUUUCGACAGCAUUGACUCGGCGGCUACGGUGCCGGAGAGCCUGCUAACCGACGAGUUCCCUCUGCGACGCGGCGAGGCCCUGGCCGAGUGCGACUCGCUCGAAUGCCAUCCGAUCUCGAACGAGGAUUGAAUGAAUCUGCGCCGAUCGUCGAUGUUACAAUGCGAAGCUAGUAAAAAAUGGCGAGUCGCGUAGAGUGAAAACUAACUUUGCUCUUGCUUCUUUCCAUUGUUUCACACCGUACCACCGGCUCUGCUUCUACGCGGCCUUACUCGCUAUCACGUGUCACGCGACGCGUACGCGAAUGUAUAAAUAACAGAAUUCUAGACACGUGAAACAUAUUUGUUUAGGAGAUACGACGCGCUGGAGGAGUGACACACUCGCGUUCUCAAUGACCCUUAUUCUGUGCCUUUUCAAUAUUGAACGUCUUUUCGUUUUUAUUUGUUCAGGAAUCGCGUCUUGUGGUGAUUCUAAAAAAAAAAAACGGACAGAAAUCCAACGAUUCUAAACUGAAGUGUAGCAAUAUCAAUUUCCCUGCCGGACUCACUGUGUACUUCCCUCGAGUUGCAUUUAAAAAGCAUUUCAUACACCUUUAUAUAACAUGGACGGAGAUUUUUUAGCAGUCAAUUUUGCUAUCUAAUCAAAAGUAAAAAUGAUACAUUGCCCUGCAUCACGAAGGUACAUUGAUUUGUAACUAAUGUAACUGAUGAUAGUAAUCGCGCAGAAAAAUGCUAAAAAGUUAUCUAGUACUUUCAUUGACGAUAUGAAAAUAGAAAGUCAAAUUUCACAAAUUGAUAUAAUAAAUACAUCAUGUUUUUAAUUGUGGUUAAAUUUCAAAUUCAUCUACAAUAAAUAUAUUAUGUUUAUUUAUAAAAGUAAAAAACAUACACACAUACCGAGAUAUAAUCAAAAUUCUUUUCGAAUCUUUUAAGGAGAGCAGAAAUAUGUUUUUUUUUUUUAUUUUUGUUCGGAUUUCUCGUAUAUGUGUGUAAAACAUAUAUCUAAUUUAUCAAGAGGUAUAUGUAUAAUUCUUAUCAAUUAAGAAACAUUUUGAAUUACUUUCUAGAGUCGCAUAUCAAUAAAUGCAACGGCAAGCGCUUAUAUUUUAUUCAUUUCGAUAUUAUUUGAUGUUAUGUUUGGUAUUGUUUUUUUUUUUAACAUGUAAACGAUAUUUGGUUUACCUAACCAACAUCAAGAAUGAGUUUGUUAAUCAAACUUUCGAUUACUUGGUCCACGUUCGGUGACUUCGCAAUUCUGUAAAUUUUGUACAUCUUGCGUACCGCUAAUUUUUAUGUAUCUAUCACGAAUACAUUUGCUAUCUCUUUUAUCCUUAAGCGAAAAGCUUUUGGUCUAGCAGAAGUGUCGUUAGCAGUCGGGUGUGUGGAAACAUCCAAUUGGAUUUAUUAACUCGCAACAGAGGAUAGCAAGGCCGAUAUUUCACAUUCCACAGCUGCAAUUUCGUAUUCCAUUUAGCAUUUCUAUCUUCGAUUUGAAUCUACGUUGUGAUCAAUCGCUUUCUUAUUUAUUUGCGCGCGUUAUAAUUAAUGCGGAUUUUUUGUGUCAGAGCUUAGUCGAACGAUACGAAUAAGUAUUGUGCUGCGAUUGGGGCGAAAAAUGCGUGACUGUUGAAAAAUUCGAAAGACAAGGCAGACGCUGAAAUUCUCAUCGAACGCGGAAAAUAUUGAGUGCUUUCCACUCACACUUUCUCGAAAGAUAACACAUAUCAUUGUUUAAUUAUCGUGCGCUCGUCCGCUAGACGCAAUAAGACGGGUAUACAUUGGUAGACGUACAUCGAAUGCAUGAACAACGAACGGACAAUGAAUGCGAAUAGAACGAAUAGAGUGCAAUAUAUAUGUUUAAAAAAAUAAUUUUUUUUUUUUAACAAAUUUGAUUUCGUGUUCGCUGUUCAUUCGUUCUUCGCUCGUACAAUGUAUAUUUUAACUGUGGGUGAUAAAAAAAGUGAGCGAUGUUAACUCUCACUCGUUACAAGGAAGGCUCGUCGAAUUCGUGGACGGAUUCGCCGGAAUCGCGUUUCAGUCCGCGAUAAACUCACAAUGCCCGCGACUCCGGAAAGAGCACUAUGUACUACACAGUUCCUCGUUUCAAACAACCAAUUUAAUUAUUUAUAUAACUAACAAUGACGAUUGUGAACACUGAAUAAUAAUCACAGACGGAGCCUGUGAUUCUAGGUAUAUAAAAUAACCGCGACAACAUGUGAUUAACAUAUAGUUUAAGGUGUAAGCCACAGGACUGACGGACUCUACUUAUUAUUUUAUUAGCGCCUAAAUGUCUUUUUUACGCGCGGCGGAGACGAACGCGGGGGAACCGAUGCGCAUUCGGUGAAUUUUGCUCUUUUCCUUGUCCAUUUUUUCCCUUUUUUUUUGUACAAUGGGGUUCGUGACGCCAGGCGAGAAUGCUCAGAUAUUAUUGUUAUUCGUGUCAGCCGGUGGAUCUUAGUGCCCGUAUCAUCGUGCGCGCUGCCGACUGGAGGCUAUUAUUUUUAUACCUUUAAUUAACGAGCGUAAAUCGAGAAAGAGCGUGUUAAACGGGCUGCGGGGGCGCGGCAUAUCCUCCCGAUACCGAUGGUUAUUGAAGCGCUGUCGCUGUAUUAUACUUUAUCUAGUUUAGAUAUGUCUUAUCAUCAUAGAAUUAUUAAUUAUUGUUUUACGAUUACACACACCGACAUAUUUGUACAUAGACGACAUCGUGAUUUAUUUAAAUAAAUUAGCUCUAAUGUAAAUAAAUAUUAUCUGUAACGAAUCUGCGAUAAUGUGAUCCUAUUAAUAAAAUGAAAUUACUUGAAGACAU